CAGCGAGCUUGCAAGGGAGGGUGCGAGGGAGGGAGAGAGAGGGAAGGAGAGAACUAGAGAGAGAGAGAGACGAGCAGACAGAGAUAGACAGAGCAAGCAAGUAAGAUAGAUAGGUAGGAGAGCUAGAGCAAGAGAAUAAGAAAAAGAGCGAGCACACAAGAAAGACAGCGAAGAGAGAGGGUGGGAGUGAGAGCACCAGAGACAGAGGGAGAGAUAGAACGAGAGAGACGGCUCUGUGUUUCCUCAGCUGUUUUCCCGAGGCCAUGGCAGGCAUGGCGUCGGAGCCAGGCACCCAGUCCAGGGUGAUGUUCCAGUCUGCAGACAAAACAGAGGAGCCUCCACAUCGCAAACUGGGAAAGCUGACCGUCAAAUACAACCGUAAGGACCUGCAGAGGAGGCUGGAUAUCGAGGAGUGGAUCGACGAUCAGCUGCACCUGCUCUUUGACUGUGAGGAGGAGGAGAUGCCAGAGUUAGAGAUUGACAUAGAUGAGCUGCUGGAGCUGUCAGACGUGGAGCAGAGAUCCAGACUGCAGGAGUUACUGCAGGAAUGUGGCAAGCCUAAAGAGGACUUUAUUAAUGGGCUGCUUUAUCGGAUUAAGGGCCUACGCAAAAUGUCAGGACCCCUAAAGAAAUAAUGAGAGGUCAAAUCAAGAAUCAAGACAAUGUAAAGCUCCCUCGCCAUUACCUUGUAUUUUGGAUGUCUGUCUGUGCAGUUACAUGUUAAUGGGACCUUCUCUCUGCACACGUGGGUCAAUGUUGGUCUGUAAAGAGAACAGUGGGUUUUGAUUAGUGUUUUAUAUUACUUUGUUUUUGGACCGUUUUAACAUUUUGAUUCCCCUCAAUACAAAUAAUGCACCAGUAAUUAAAUGUAUUGUCUAUUACCCACGUGGAAUGUUUUUGUGUAAGACUGUAUAUUUUUGGUUGCCUAUUUAUGUACAUAUAUUUUUGUUCUGUUAACAGUGUUGUAUGUCAAUAAAACUUAACAUUUUCAAGACAA